ACUCGGUGCCCGCUGUCGAGCUUGGUGACUCGGUGCUCGCUGUCGUGCCAGAUGACUCGGUGCCCGCUGUCGUGCCAGAUGACUCGGUGCCCGCUGUCAUGCCAGGUGACUCGGUGCCCGCUGUUGAGCUUGGUGACCCGGUGCCCGCUGUUAUGCCCGAUGACUCGGUGCCCGUUGCCUCGCCUGAUGGCCCGGUGCCCGCUGCUCCGCCUGAUGUGCCUCUGCCCGCUGCUCCGCCUGAUGUGCCUCUGUCCACUGCCCAGCCUGAUGUGCCAGCCCGAUAUCCAGCUAGACUGUUUGGAGCGUCCUGAGGCCGCUCCUUGAGGGGGGGGGGGUACUGUCAGGAAUGGACUCGCCAAUGGUGGUGGGACUCACCUGUCUUGUGGGCUGCAGUACCAAGGCUGGCCAGCGGGAAGUGUAUUUAAGCAGGACCAGGCCUGUGAUCAGUGCCUUGGU